AUGGAAACUCAGGCCUCUCUUAGCAGCAUCCAGAGAGCUGUAUGGGAUGGAAAACUGCCGUUGCAGAUAACGCUUGCUUCAUCGGAGAGUCGAACAUAUGACCAGACUGAUCCCUAUCUUAUCGCUUGUCCGCGAAUCUCAUAUCUGCCAUCGUUAUUACCCAAGUUAAGAGCCUUUUUCUCACCAUCACUGAUUGAACCCAACUCGCAACCCCAUGAGGGUUGGUUCUCCUUCGAAGGAGUCCCGCUAAAAUGGCACCUCCCCGUCGGGCUGCUGUAUGACCUUUACGCGGGCGCAGACCCAGCAUCCAAGGGAACAAGAAUCGACGAAACAGACCAUCCCACCAGUAGCGUGAGCGAUACGCUUCCCUGGCGGCUGACGGUGCAUUUCAGCGACUGGCCCGACGAAGAGCUCGUACGACUCGACGCAGACGGCAUGGUCAUGCACGACGCGUUCAUCAACAGCGUCAAGGAGGCGGAUUUUCUCCGCAACGGCACUGCAAAGGGAAUCAUGACUCUUUCCAAGGAGGACUCGUCCGGACUAUGGCAGGCCGUGCAAGAUGUGGAUCUCCCUUCCUUCCUACGCAUCUCGAACAUCCUCCUCCCCCCACCGAAUCAGCCAUUCCGCAACGUCCCAAUCCGCUUUUUCCUACCCUUACCCCCAGACUCGGGCUCCCCAUCUCUCAAGGUCGUCCAAUCUCCGCUGCCGCCUAGUAUACCAGUCACAACGAAUACAAGUCAGUCGACCAUUCUACGGACUAGUCCCGCCCCCGCCUCGCAAGUUCAGACAAUAGGCUCAGCGUUGCACUGGCUACUUCCCAAUCUCUUUCCUAGUCGGAGGACUCCUGUCCUGGCGAAGCCGGUUCUGCAUGGCGCGGCGGUGCCAAUGUCAGCGCCAAUCGAGGAGCUAGUAAGGAGUUGCGCGUAUGGGGAUGGAUGGGCGUAUAUUGUCAUCAGAAUGAUGGGAUGA